UUUGGCUUUUCCGCCUCGCUGUUUUUAAUUCAAUCUAGAGAAGGAAAGGACUGGCAGAGGGUAAGAAGUGCCUUUCAAAAGAAAUUGAUGAAACCCAAGGAAGUUGCGAAACUGGACACCACAAUCAAUGAGGUCCUGGAGGACUUCAUGCACAGAAUAGAUGAUGUUUGUAACCACAAUGGACAAAUAGAAGAUGUCUAUUCAGAAUUCAACAAAUGGUCAUUUGAAAGUAUCUGUCUGGUGCUGUAUGGAAAGAGGUUUGGUCUGCUACAGCAGGAUGUAGAGGAAGAAAGUUUGAACUUCAUCAAGGCUGUAAAAACGAUGAUGGCUACUUUUGGAAUGAUGAUGGUGACUCCCGUGGAACUUCACAAGGGUCUGAACACAAAAGUCUGGCAAGCUCAUACUAAAGCAUGGGAUGAUAUAUUCAAAACAGCCAAGCACUCAAUUGACUGUCGACUGGAAAAGCACUCUGCAAACCCUCAGGAGGAUUUCCUGUGUGACAUCUAUUCUGGAGGACAGCUUUCCAAGAAGGAGCUGUACGCUGCCAUCACAGAGCUUCAGAUUGCUGGAGUUGAAACGACGGCCAAUAGUUUACUGUGGGCUUUGUAUAACAUUUCACGCAAUCCACAUGUUCAGCAGAAGCUUUUCCAGGAAAUACAGAGUGUUUUAGCUGCUAAUGAGAGUCCAAGUGCUGAGAACUUGAAGAAUAUGCCUUACCUAAAAGCAUGUCUGAAAGAAUCCAUGAGAUUAACACCAUCGGUGCCAUUUACCACUCGUACCAUUGACACAGAAAUGGUUCUGGGAGAUUAUGUACUGCCCAAAGGGACUGUACUAAUGAUAAAUAGCCAUACCCUGGGUUGCAAUGAAGAGUACUUUAAUAGCUGGACUCAGUUUAAACCAGAGCGCUGGUUUCAGAAGAACUUAAUAAAUCCUUUCUCUCACGUUCCAUUUGGCAUUGGGAAGAGGAUGUGCAUCGGGCGCCGCGUAGCAGAGCUACAGCUUCACUUGGCCCUUUGCUGGCUCAUUCGCAAAUACCAAAUUAUAGCAACUGACAACAAGCCAGUAGAAACACUCCAUUCAGGAAUACUGAUUCCCAGCCGGGAGCUUCCCAUUGCGUUUCACAGACGAUAA